UCUCUGUCUCGAUUCUCCAUCUCCGGUUCUCCAUCUCCGCCUCGAUUCUCCAUCUCCGCCUCGAUUCUCCAUCUCUGAUUCUCCAUCUCCUCCUCGAUUCCCCAUCUCCCCCUCGAUUCUCCAUCACUCUCCUUCAUCGCCGCUUCUCCCAGCUCCGAUUCAACUCCUGUUCUACAUCUCUUAGGUUUCAACUUUGGUUCGAACACAGCAUUAUGGACAAAGCUUGGGUACAUCUAAACAGAGUUGAUCCUGGAUAUGAGAGAGGGGCUUCAAAGUUUGUCCGGGAUGUGGCUUCAGCAAUGGGAGGGGUUGAUGUUAUUGUAUGUCCGUGUAUUGACUGCCGUAACAUAGUUCGACAUUCAGCAAGUGUGGUACUUGAUCAUCUUGUUACUAGGGGUAUGGAGGAGGGUUAUAAGAUGCGGGCUGAUUGGUAUCUACAUGGAGAGUUGAACGCAGAGGUUGCUGAUGAAAGCAAAGGAAGUGAGUGGAACGAUGAGAUCUAUGGGUUGUUCAGAGCUGCUGGGUGUUUUGAUGAAGAGUUAGCUGGUAUGGGGAAUCUAUCUGAUAUGGCAGAGGGAGAGGACAAGAAAGAAGAUGAGUUCUUGGCAAAGCUAGCUGACGCUGAAACACCAUUGUAUCCGAGCUGUUCAAGCCAUAGCAAGUUAUCUGCAAUUGUUUCGUUGUUCAGAUUGAAGACUCAUAAUGGAUGGUCUGACAAGAGCUUCAAUGAUUUGCUAGAGACCUUGCCAGACAUGUUACCUGAAGAAAAUGUCUUGCACACAUCACUCUAUGACGUGAAGAAGUUCUUGAAAUCAUUUGACAUGGGCUACGAGAAGAUCCAUGCUUGUGGCAACGAUUGCUGCCUAUUCAGAAAGAGGUUCAAGAAGCUCGAUAAGUGUCCUAAAUGCAAGGCUUCAAGGUGGAAGACUAAUGUCCACACGGGUGAGACGAAGAAAGGCGUCCCACAGAAAGUUCUCCGUUACUUCCCUGUAAUACCAAGACUGAAGAGAAUGUUCCGGUCUGAAGAAAUGGCCAAGGAUUUGAGGUGGCACUUUACCAACAAAAGCAGUGAUGGAAAGCUGCGUCAUCCUGUUGAUUCUGUGACAUGGGAUCAUAUGAAUGCCAAAUACCCUACGUUUGCAGAUGAAGCAAGGAACCUAAGGCUGGGACUUUCAACAGAUGGAUUCAAUCCAUUCAACAUGAAGAACUCGAUGUACAGUUGCUGGCCUGUUCUGCUAGUUAACUACAACUUACCUCCAGACCUGUGCAUGAAGAAGGAGAACAUCAUGCUUUCUUUGCUGAUUCCUGCUCCACAUCAGCCUGGUAAUAGCAUAGACGUGUAUUUAGAACCCCUAAUCGACGAUCUUAACACUCUGUGGAGCAUUGGAGAGGUAACAUACGACGCACUUACUCGAUCAGCUUUUACACUAAAGGCGAUGCUGCUUUGGACAAUCAGCGAUUUUCCAGCUUAUGGGAAUCUAGCAGGCUGCAAAGUAAAGGGAAAAAUGGGAUGUCCGUUAUGUGGAAAAAAUACAGAGAGCAUGUGGUUGAAGUUCAGCAGAAAGCAUGUGUAUAUGGGUCAUAGAAAGGGUCUGCCACCAACUCACAGUUUUAGAGGAAAGAAGAAAUGGUUUGAUGGAAAAGUAGAACAAGGGAGAAGGGGAAGAAUACUUACUGGGCGUGAUAUUUCUCAAAAUCUGAGAAAUUUUCACAAUGAUUUUGGAAAUUUCAAACGGUCUGCCAGUAAGAGAAAAAUGAUGCAGGGUUCAAUUGAUUUAGGGUCUGAUAUUGAGGGUAUGUCGAGUGAAUCAGAUGAAGAGGAAGAAGUACUAGUAGAUGAGGAUGAGUUAUCUAGAUGGAAGAAGAGGUCAAUAUUCUUCAAGCUACCUUAUUGGGAGGAACUCCCGGUGAGGCACAACUUAGAUGUAAUGCAUGUGAAGAGAAAUGUUGCUGCAAGCUUAGUUUCAACGUUGUUGCACUGUGGGAAAUCUAAGGAUGGUCUUGCCGCUCGUAAGGAUCUGGAGGAGCUUGGUAUUAGGCCGGAUUUGCACCCUAGAGUGCAAGGAAAAAGAACCUAUCUCCCUCCAGCACCGUGGUCUUUGUCCAAACAAGAAAAGAAGAUAUUUUGCAGGCGUCUAUUUGACUUCCAAGGGCCAGAUGGAUAUUGUUCUAACAUAUCAAGAGGUGUCUCGUUGGAUGACUGUAAAGUCUCUGGUCUGAAAUCACAUGACUACCAUGUUUUGAUGCAACAACUUCUGCCGAUUGCACUUAAAGGGUUGCUGCCAAAAGGACCGAGGCUUGCAAUUUUUAGAUUAUGCUCUUUCUUCAAUAUGUUGUGUCAGAGAGUGAUUGACAUGGAGAAGCUUCUGGUUAUGGAAGCUGAGAUUGUUGAGACUCUUAGCUUGUUUGAAAGAUACUUUCCUCCAUGUUUGUUUGAUAUCAUGCUUCAUUUGACUGUCCAUCUAGGAAGAGAAGCUCGGCCUGGUGGACCAGUCCACUUUAGAUGGAUGUACCCGUUUGAAAGGUGCAUGAAAGUCCUCAAAGACUUUGUUAGAAAUCCUGCAAGACCAGAGGGCUGCAUAGCUGAGUGCUACCUUGCUGAGGAAUGUAUCCGGUUUUGCAGUGAGUUCCUGAAGAAAACAACAAAUGUUCAAGAGAAACAGGAUAGAAACACAGAGUAUGAGAACAAUUCUAUCUUAGAGGGUCGUCCAAUAACCACUGCUACUUCAGUAACUCUCACUGAAACGGAAAAGAGGAUUGCUCAUCUUGCUAUCAUCCAAAACAUGGCUCUGGUCGAACCUUAUGUAGAUGAGCAUCUACAAUAUUUACAAGACACAGAUGGAAGGAGUCGGCGAGAUGCAUCAACGCUAUGGAGUAUGCAUACUAAGAAUUUUGCUUCCUGGCUAAAAGAGAAGAGGUUUCACACAGUGUCAGUUGAUAGGAAAAGUCAGAAUAGUGGGGUCUAUUAUGAGGCUACAGCAGUGUGUAGAGCUAGUGCAAAAGAUACAUCACAGGUGGUAGAUUUAGUAUCUUACUACGGCAGGGGGACAGACAUCAUUUUGAUCGACUACAAUGUCUUCUAUGUUUCUCCGUUCCGAUGUCAAUGGGCAGUUAAGGGUAAUGGAGUAAAGAUCGAAGAUGGUUUUACACUUGUGAACAUGAAUCAAAGUCAAGCCUCCUUUGCAAGUGACCCUUACAUUCAAGCAUCUCAAGCGAAGCAAGUGUUUUACUCCAGAGAAGAUGAGUCAUCAAACUGGUAUAUUGUCAUGAAAGGUCCUUCUAGAAGAUACAGUAAGGAAGAUAUUCAAGAGGGAAAUGCAGAUAUUGGGCCAUUACAGUUCGAAUGUUGA